GUGAGCUUCUCUUGUUGGCACUUCUGCCAGGAGGGGUGUUCUCUUUCUGCUCCGUUCUCUGUUAGUGUGAUUGCAGUGAUUAUUCCCCCAUAAACGGGCUCCUCCAAAGGCUUUGGUCAUGCCUCCCCUCCUUGGCCCUGUUGUCGCUCUUCUGCUGCAGCUUGUGGUCUUCGCAUGUGUGACUGGUGGGGCGUACUAUGGACACAAUCAGCACCCUCAGCCAUUCCAGCAUAUGCAGCACCUUCAACACAUGAACAUGGGCAAGGGAGGUUUUCCUCAACAACAGUACCUUGGCAAAGACGUGCCGUACAUGCAGUAUCCACACUACAGGAAGGAGCAACCCCAGAUGCCCAUGCUCAAAGGCAAAGAAAAUCCUCGUAAAGGGGGACACUACAACGGUGGCAAAGACAAAGGUCUAACAAUCCCUAGUGGUGUGGAAGGCGUUACCCAGGGAGAACAAGGCCCAGCAGGACCACCGGGACCAGAGGGACCUCAAGGACCUCCUGGACCUCCAGGAAUCGGAAUGCCUGGACCUGAGGGCCAACCAGGACCUCCAGGUCAACCAGGAUUACCUGGAAUGGGGAAACUGGGCUUGCCUGGACUGCCUGGAAAACCAGGUGUAAAUGGCAAGCCUGGCCUUCAAGGAAAAAUGGGAGCAAGAGGUGAAGAAGGGUCCAGCUGGUCAGCAGGUCCCCAGGGGCCCCCGGGUCCACCUGGGCUUCCUGGAAUAGGCAAACCAGGAAUACAGGGAUUACCAGGACAACCAGGUGCCAAAGGAGAACCAGGCCACAAGGGUCUGCCCGGACUGCCGGGAUUACCGGGACCAAAAGGAGACAAAGGGAUGGGCCUGCCAGGACAGCCAGGUCACAAAGGACUUCCUGGGCCUCCUGGACCCUCUGGUCCAAGAGGGCUGCCGGGUUUUGGAAAACCAGGGUUGAAUGGUUUACCAGGACCACAGGGACCCCCAGGACAUAAAGGACAUCCUGGAGAACUAGGCCCCCCUGGGCCCACUGGGGAAGGAGGUAAACCUGGCCCUCCAGGUCUACCUGGCCAAGGAAAGCCAGGUCAAAAUGGUCUGCCUGGACAACCAGGAAGGACAGGUGAGACGGGCCUUCCAGGACCACCGGGUUUGCCAGGAAAACCAGGUCUUCCAGGAUUUGGUAAGCAAGGACUCACAGGACCAAAAGGAGAUAAAGGAAUGAGUGGACCACCUGGACCCCCAGGUCUCAAAGGAGAUAAGGGUCAUGGUGGAUUGCCUGGAAUGCUUGGACCCCCCGGACCAAAUGGUCCACCAGGCCCUCCAGGACCAAUCGGACGACCUGGAAGUAUAGGUGCACCCGGUCCUAAAGGAGAUUGUGGAGAUGGAGGACCUAAAGGGCUCGAUGGGGCCAAGGGUGAAAUUGGUCCUCAAGGACUACCUGGCAAGAAUGGUCUUCCUGGGGAACUUGGGGAACCAGGUCCAAGAGGUCUGCCGGGACCAAGUGGUCCUAAAGGUGCUGAUGGUCAUAAAGGUUUACCUGGUAUGCCUGGUCCCUCCGGAACUCCUGGUUUAAGAGGACAGACUGGAUUACCUGGAGAAAGGGGUAUUCAGGGACCCCAGGGAAUCCCGGGAAUAGAUGGUACAGCUGGACCAAUUGGGCCUCCUGGUCCUACAGGGCCAAAAGGAGAAAGUGGUCUUCCUGGUCCACCAGGCAAUGCAGACAUUGGGAGUCCUGGCGUGCCUGGUCCAGUAGGAUCCCCAGGAAGAGAGGGACCAUCUGGAGCUCCAGGGCAGCCAGGUCAACCUGGUCCCCCUGGACCACCAGGACCACCUGGUGAACCUGUUUUUUCUCCAGAAAUGGCUGGAGUACUCUCUCAGAUGGGCCCAGGACUAGACGGUGUUAAAGCUGGUAGUUACGGGAAAAAGAGCAAAUAUGGUGGAGUGGGGGCUGAAAUAAUGGGUUCCAGUGGGCUUGAAAUGCCUGCAUUUACUGCUCUAGCAUCUACUCCUUUUCCUCCCGUGGGCAGUCCAGUUGUUUUUGAUAAGCUCCUGUACAAUGGCCGCCAAAACUACAAUCCCGAGACUGGAAUUUUCACCUGUGACAUCCCUGGCAUCUAUUACUUUGCCUAUCACAUUCACUGCAAGGGGGAGAAUGUGUGGGUGGCUUUGAUGAGAAACAAUGAGCCUGUGAUGUAUACAUAUGAUGAAUACAAGAAGGGUUUCUUAGACCAAGCAUCCGGAAGUGCGGUACUACCUCUUCAAACCGGGGACACUGUGUACAUUCAGAUGCCAUCAGAUCAGGCCUCGGGACUUUAUGCUGGACAGUAUGUGCAGUCAUCCUUCUCGGGGUAUUUGCUCUAUCCAAUGUAAAUCCACAUACUUCAGAGAGAAGGAAAGGACACAUUUUUGUAUAAUUAAUGAUGGUAUUAUAAGUUAUCUUAGACUGAGCAUUCAUUAAUGUUCAGUCUGAAAUGUUGCUGUCAUCCACAGA